AUGUCCAUCCAAGCUGCAAACGAAGUCCCGGGGUUCUCUUUGGGGUAUCGGGCCCCAGCGGACCCAGAUACAGACAAGACCGUCGUCGAGAUCGUCCAAGCUCGCAGCUACGCCAUCGAGACGCACAAAGUCACCACCUCGGAUCGAUACGUGCUCACCAUGUACCGACUUCCGAAGACUUACGCCGAGAGCCAAUCCGGCUCUGCUGCUGCUCCCAACAAGCCCGCAGUCCACCUGCAACACGGUCUGCUGGACAGCAGCUUCACGUUCAUCUCCAACUUCCGCAACAAAAGUCUCGCUUACGUGUUGGCCGACGCCGGCUUCGACGACAUGGGUCUCUACGACCUGCCGGCGUUUGUGAACCACAUACUGGCCACCACUGGUCGCUCGACGGUGAGCUACGUGGGGCAUUCGGAGGGCACCACACAAGCGUUCGUGGGCUUCUCCGAGAACCAGGAAAUCGCAGAGAAGGUUGACUACUUUGCUGCACUGGCACCAGUGGCUUGGACGGGUCACACUACCGCCGAGUACUUUGUGGCGUUAGCGAAAGAAAAUAUGGAUGAGAUGUUCCUCAACCUCGGCUUCACCAGCUUCCUACCGCACAACGACCUUCUUACAGUGCUUCUGUCGGACGUCGUUUGCACCAACGUGGCCGAGAUCUGCAACUCGGCAAUCAGUCUCAUCGCCGGACCAUCGGACAACUUGAACGCCACGCGCAUUCCCGUCUACCUCUCGCAGACCCCCGCAGGCACCUCUGUCAAAAACAUGGCCCACUACGCUCAAGGCAUCCGUGACGACACCUUCGCGUCGUACGACUACGGCUGCAGCUGCGUGCGUCUCCUGGGGAUCAACCUCUGCUCGUCGCUCAUUUGCAAGAACAAGGCUGUGUACGGCAGCUUCGACCCGCCCGCCUACCCAGUCGGCAAGAUGGUCUACCCGCGCACGGGCUUCUACAUUGGCGCCACCGACACGUUCGCGACCUCCACCGACAUCGCGCAGAUCCGGUCCGCACUACCCAGCGGCACCAUCGUGCACGAGAAGACCGUCGCAGCCUUCUCGCACCUGGACUUCACCUGGGCUCAGAACGCCAACGAGCUCGUGUACCAGGACCUGCUGUCACAGCUCAAGAAAUACGCCGGCAAGGCGUACAAGUAA